AUGUCCAUGUCCAAGCGCACGACAUUUACCACCAUCUCGCCGCUCCCGGCGGGCAUCUCCCGCGCCGUCGUCGUCGACUUCCUGCACAACCACGAGGAGAUGAUCGACCUGAACCCGCUGGUCAUCGAGCGGCACCCCAUCACGCCCCCCGCGCACGCCCCCGACGAGGAGCGCCGCUGCGUCUGGUGGAGCAUGACAGACAAGAUCUCGUACCUGCCGGGGGGCUUCGCCAGCGGCGACAUCACCUACACCGCCGCCUUCAACGACCUGCCGCGCGGCAUCCAGACCCACGUCUACGCGCCCAUGGGCACCGACAUCCGCGAGCGCUGGACCCUGGGCGGUACGCUGCCUGGGGAGCAGCCGGAGCCUGUCGAGUUGGGGCUGGGGGCGCCGCGGGAGGGGCUUUACUUGCGCGAGGACGUCGAGCUCCGCUGCAACUUCAUGAUGUCCAGCUUCGUCAAGAGGACGCUCAAGAAAGCCCACGGCACCCUCGUCGACCAGCUGCUGCAGAAAGCGCGGCUCGCAACGAGCCAGGCCGACGUCGGCGCCGACAACGCGAGCAACAACCAGCGCCCGCCAGCGUCUUCGUCGUCGCGGCCCUUUGGUGGUGAUGGGUCGAGUACUCAUAGCGGGAGUGCAAGCGCGAACGGGAGCGGAAACGACGAGAGGAGCUACGCUGCUGCUGCGCCCUCGCAGAAUGGGAUUCCUCCCCCUUCGCGCCCUGGCGACGCACAUGCGAGCGCGAAUGCGCCUACGUCUCCCAUGCCGCACCAGCACCAGCACCAAGGUCAAUACUCCGGCGCGUCCCUGUCCCAGCACGGGCAAAGGGGCUCCUCGCCCUCGUACAGCCAACACGCCCGAGCCCCGAGUUCGGCGAGUAAUCACGCGGCGCCGGACUCCAUGCGUCCGACGGCAACACCACCGCCGGGUGGCUCAUACAUGUACAACCACCACGACUCGACGCCCCCCAGUUCGGCGGGCUACCCCGUUCCGGAGCCAUUGCGUGUUCGGGGUAGGCACGUGAGCGGUGGUAGUGGUAGUGGUGGUAGUAGUAGACUGGGCUCGAAUGGUAAUUCAACUUCGAAUGGCGCGCCGCAGAUACCGCCUAUGACUGAGCUGGGACAGGGGCAGGGGCAGCCGACACAGGGCGGGCAGAGCUCGUUUGGACGGGAUGGCUGGGGGGAUGGGCGCGGUGCGCCGGUGGAGCUGGAGUAG